UCAGGGAUUAUGGAAGUGGCUAAGUGGUAUGUACUGAAAGUGGCCUCCUGGCUGAGAUCUAGUGAUUGAUAGCCGCCAAGCUAACUUUUGGUGGUGAGCAAAGGCUGAUGACACCAAGAUGUUUGACAGAAGCAAGCCAACUGAGGAAGCCUCUGCUUCUUCGGCACAAGGUAUAGAAAAACGAGGCAUUGAAGGCUCCCUACGACAGGAAAGUAGUAGCAGUGUAAGCAUAAGAGGGUCAGAACAGGCUGGACCUGGGUUAGCCAGUGGGCAGAAUAGACAAGGGUAUUGCAACUGUUGCCAUGUACACUACAGAAGUCUUGAACAGCAUGUUAUUAGUUCCCAGCACAGACAUUUCACCACUUACUGCAGGAAUCGUAUGGGUACUACCAGCUUGAUGGAGCGUUUCCUCCAAGAUGUUUUGCACCAUCAUCCCCACAGAUACCAUGACAACAGACCAACAUACGAUGACAUGCCACCUCCUGUCUCUCCAUUGGCUCCCAGGGAUGUUUGCCUGCUUCCAGAACGGGUGGAGGAAAAGAUGGUUAGAAACAGAGAGGAGAUGUCUAGCAAAGGCGGUGAAUCCAUUGCUGAGAAAUGUUCCCCUACUCAUCGUCAAUUACUUGAGGGGGUGAAGGAGAUUCCUGUGCUACUGGCUUUCACCCAAAAACCAGAGGGGGGGAAGAACUGCAUGUUAGGAAUAUCCCAGAAACCUGUAGACCUUUGUAACAGUGAGAAAAGACAUAACCUGACAAAUGGGGCUCAGACUGCAAAUAGUAGCCACGAAGGCCAGUUUACAACUGUGAGCCCACUACCUCACCAUUUGCCUGUCAGCUCUUUAUCAUACAGUCCUCCUGUUACACCUACAUUUGCAAAAAAUAUUAGGUAUUCAGCAACAUCAGAUUUGAUUCCAAGUAGCAUAUGUGAUCAAACAAAGAAGGGUGUAUGCAAUAAAGUUGGAUUAUUGAAUAGACAUCCUAGACCUGUCUUAGCAUCAGUCUACUCAAAAACGCCUUCAGUUUCACAUCAAAGCCCUACCUAUAGCAAAGGCAACUCUUUAUGUAUUACCUCAGGUCAAUCUUUUUUUAAACAAGAUGGUUUACAAUCUCAGGAUGAAACUUUGUCUGACUUCCAUCUCAGGGAUAUUGUGGAGACCAGCAGGUCGCUAAAUUGUGGAAUAUCUUUACAAUUAGAAAAAUGCAAAGACAUCCAGUUGAGCAGAGGGUAUGAAACAUCAGUAGAUGAAAUAAUUGAAGAAGUUAUUCUGAAGUACUGCCAUGGGUCUCUUCCGAGAGAGUUGCCUUGCGAAGGUGAAGAGAGCAAUUCCUUUUUAAAUAUUUCAUCACUUCUAAGCCACAGUCAGCCAGAGGGCUCUGAAAUGAGUUUUGACUGUGAUGCACCUAUUCAGUCAGGAACAGAACUUCCCAAAGCAGCUAUAAAAGACAUUGAAGUUCUAAAAGAGGUCCAAAUAAAUCUGGAAGAUAAGAACUAUGGAACCCAGCUUAGCUGUGUUUUAAAAGAUGAUUCUGUGGAGCAAGUAGAAGCAGCAAAACAUGAUAUAAUAACUUGCAAUGAGGAAACAGUUCUUCCUGAUCUGCCUCAUGUGCCUCCUUCUUUUGUUGGAAAGACAUGGUCCCAGAUAAUGUAUGAGGAAGAUAUAAAAAUUGAAGCGCUUGUGCGUGAUUUCAAAGAAGGUCGCUUCCGCUGUUACUUUGACAGUGAGUCCUCAACCAACUGUCCAGGGAAGAGGAUGAAGAAAAAGCAGAAAGAUGAAAGGAAGAGUGACGUUGUAGGUAACAAAACAGAAGCAGAGUCUGUUAAAGCACUGCCAGAAUUUAAUGAUGCUUUAAGCACUGGCUCGACUUCUGAUAAUCCUUCCUUAGCAUUGGGAAUGCUAUGCAACACACAAAUACCUAAAAUGCCUCGGAGAAGAACCUGGCGCCUUGCUUCAAGGUGCCAAGUGGUCAAAGUCAGCCAUGCGACUCAAACCAGUUUAGUGAACUAUCCAGUAGUAAAAAGAAAAAUUGUUAGAAAAGAAUAUGAUCCACCAAAUCAGAAAACAAAUGUUGUUUGGCCAGAGAAUGAAAGAACUCCAAACAUGAAAACCCGACUAUGUGCCCUCAAACUUCCUGAAUCCUAUAGCAAAAUCAUGAGCCCUCUGCAGCCUAAGACAGUGGUCUAUGUACUUUCUUGUCCAGAAAUUAAACAGUUUAAAGGCAAACCUAUACAUGUCCCUAAAAUGAGAAAACAUAACUCUACAGAUGGUAAGGACUCUGUCAGGUACAAAUACAAACAGUGUUCUCUUAAAUAUUAUGAUCCAUUGACCAACCGAAUUUUAAAAAUGCCACCUAAGAGCACAGCUAGAGAAGGGGCUAAAAAGCCCCCCCACGUUAGACAGCUAUUCAGAAGUCUCAGACUUGAUGCAAACCUGAAGAAGCUAGCUGAUGCACAGAAAGAAUGUACACCAUCUAACUCCUUCAACUGUCCAGAAUUUUGUACUUCAUCUUCAGUAUCUUUCUUGCCUGAUCCAGUAAAAGGGGGUGAUAUGAACUCAAAUCAGAGAACAGAUGGGUCUUCUGUUUCCACUGAAAGAUCUGAUUAUGUAGUGUCUGGUCACUCCGAGAAGUCCUAUAAACACACUAUCAUUUCUCCUCUGAACUCCUGCCAGUCUCAGAUGGAAGGAGAUAUUAGAUUAACUCCAUUUAGUAGCAGGGUUGCCAAAACACCUUUGAUGGCAAUCAGGAGUAAGAAGUUGGAGAAGGAGAAUCCAAAGCCUGUGUGGAAGAGAAAAGAAGGCACUCGUAAAGAACCAGGUUUUUCCAAGAAGCCUGCCGGACCCAUGCCUGUCAGGCAUGUACUUGGGAGGAAAGGAGGUAGAGUAACCCUAGCCAAACAAACCACCAGAACUAAAAAACAACAAAAAGAGGGGAUAAGAAAGAAGCUCUCGUCUUGUGCCCAAAAAUCUUCUGUCUUCUCCAUCCAUCAGCACCAGUUGAGGAAAACAGCAGUCGGAAAGCACCUCAAAAAGGAAAAUUCUGAUGCUAAAAAGCUACAGGUGACAAGAAAACCGAAGAGGACGUUUCUGAACUCUACAGUCAUUUCAGGGAUUCCUGAAAAAAGGCAAAAAGUCACAGCAGGGUCUUUCCCAAAGAAGCCAGACAUAGGUUCUUCCAGAAUAAAAAGGUGGGAAAUAAACGGAGAUAAAAGUCGACCAAGCACUGUGAACCGACCCUCCAGAAGAACUGCUAGUUUACCUUUAUUGGGAAGCUGUCUUGUUGUACCAGGAAAGAGUUAACCAGCAAAACAUCCCUUAUGUAGACAACACAGGAGACCUGGCUGAGGGAAAAGACUGAGUGUAUAGAAGUCGGCUAUAUCCAGUAGACAUGCUAGAGCAGCAGAAAGAAUUAUUCCAAGGUUAAAUAAUAAGCUACUGCAACGCAGACUCUGUUUUGUUGGAAUACUGGCACACCACAUAUUGCACUGUUCUACUCUGUAAAGCUACAGAAAUUGUAUAUUUGUUUGAUUUAAGCACUUAGGGCCCUAUUUACAAGACUUCAGUGUAUCUUUUACCAACUUAUACAGCAUAGAAACUGACCUUGAAUUGUAUCAUAUUGUAUUCUAUCAUACUAACUACUAGUGUGUUAUGGUAUGCCAGAAUAUAGUAAGAGUAUGGAUAGAAUCAAUACAAUUUAUUGUGCCUACUUAUCUUUCUACAUAAUUGUAAAGUGCAAAAAACAGUAACAAUUAUGUUAGAAAUUAAAUGGAAUCAUACUAAUUAAUCUGAAGUGAUGCAUGCAUUUUGUUUAUAUGUGUAUAUGUGCACCUGGUUAAAACGAUAUAUUUUCAACUCUAAUUCAUAGUUGGUGUAAAUUAAUACAGUAUGAUACAAUGCAGAUCAGUACAAUAGUGUCUUCAACACACAUAUAGUUAUUGUAUGAAUUUAAAUGACUGGGGGUUUUUUCCCCAAAAAACCAUGUACAACUUGGCUUUUUUGGGACUAUACAGAAGCAAUGUGGGCUUUUACUUUAGCAAUAAUGGACACUGCUGGUAAGGAAAUAAGUCUUUCCACUGUCCAGCUCAAGGAAUGUUGAUGCGUGAAAAAAUUCAAAAGCCAAAAGAUUAUAUAUGGUAUUAAAUCUGAAAAAUUUACCCUGAUGAUUAAUUUAAAACUCACCUUUCACCUUUGAAUAAGUUUUAAAAAAUCGUAUGAAUGUGAAUGAAUAAGCUGGGGGUUAUUUUAGACAUUUUAGCCUUAAUUAUGAGUUCCUUUGUUUUUCAUGGCUUUAAAUCUGACCUGUUGUUAUUUAAAUUUAAAUAUAUUUAUAAUUGAGCUUUUUCGUUUGUUGAACUCAAUCAAAUAUUUAAAAAACAAAAACAACAAAUCUAUUUAAGACUAUGGGAGUUUAGGCAGCUGAGGUCUGUCCUGUAAAUAAUUUAGCUAAGUUUUU